AUGGAGGGGCGUCUAAAGAAGGGUGGCCUCCUGGCCCUUUUUGGCUGCUGUGGCGUGCCCGAUAGCGCCAACGGCAUCGACACCGAAGCACCAGUUCCGAGCCAUAAACUCGACAAGAUCCCUGCGCGGCCAGCUACCGCCAGCCGCAGGACAGCGACGCCUUCGGAGCAACCCUCGGGCAGCAGAACCCACCUUUCCGAAAAGGAUGUUAGCCAGCAGGCCCCCCUGUCGAUAGGGUCGACGAGAAACGGAAAACGGCUCUCAGGCGUCAGCACCCAGGACCAGUCCACUGUCGGAGGCGAACGGGACAAUGAAUCAAAGCAGACGACGAUUGUUGGCCCCGGCGCUAGCAACCUAGUGAUCUCAGUGGAACCGCCACACACCGCGGGUCCCGAUACCGACAAGGUGGAAGAGGUUCCAGGAGAAAGGGAUGCUGAGGGUGAUGUGCAAAUGCCGGAUGCCGAGGGUUCGCGGCAACUAGGAGACCAAGGAUCAGCCGACUUCACGAUACCGGUAGAAAUUGAGGGCAACUAUCAUAAUGUCUAUGUCAUCAAGCGGCCAGGCGUUGACCAGUUCAUGAAGAGAGUUGGCGAGCUCUACGAGGUUGUGGUCUUCACAGCAUCGGUGUCCAAGUAUGGUGACCCGCUCCUUGAUCAGCUGGACAUCCACAAGGUCGUCCACCACCGGCUGUUCCGGGAGAGUUGCUACAACCACCAAGGCAACUAUGUCAAGGACCUGUCCCAGGUUGGACGCGACCUCAAGGACACGAUCAUCAUUGACAACUCUCCCACAUCCUACAUUUUCCAUCCGCAGCAUGCGGUCCCGAUCAGCAGUUGGUUUUCGGACGCUCACGAUAACGAACUGCUCGAUCUCAUCCCGGUUCUCGAGGACCUAGCUGGCCCCACCGUCCGGGACGUCAGCCUGGUCCUUGACGUCACUCUUUAG